GACCGUACUUGACAUCUACGUCAAAACAAAAGUUUAUCUCACCCUGCAUUGAUUUUCAGUACAAAGUGAUGCAUUGAAUUGGAUUUAUUAGCUACAGUUGGGAAUCGAGUGCAGAAAAUGACUUCGCUGUUGGAUCAGAAUGGGACUGCUGGGGGCCAUACGGACCCCAGUUCCCGAUUUGGUCGGGAUCCAGCCAGCCGAGGCUACGUUACUAUUCGAACUAAGGAGGAGGCUCCAAUCUUCAGCAAACAGAAAAUGAAACUAAAUUUACCGCAUGAUAUCGUUCACAUGACGGUGGCGAACAAUUGGCUGGUCUGCUUAAUGUCUCAUCAUGUUCUGCUGCGACUGUUCUUAUUGCAACCGGAUCGUCAGGACGAGGUCUUCUUGGAAAAAUACUUGCCUGGACUAAGUGUUUCAAAACUGUUUCUGGAUCCCACCGGAAAUCAUCUAUUAAUCGCCUUGACCCCGAAGUCGACAAGCAUUUCGCCAGAGCUCCUCUAUUUGAAUCGAAAAACGAGCAAACCCAAACGAAUUGAUAAAUUCCGUGAUCAUGAAAUCACCGCCGUAGGAUUCAACUAUGAAAAUACAUCUGACACUUCAACAGGCUCCAUCCUUAUCGGUACAAGCAAAGGGUUGAUUUUUGAGACGGAAUUCGGAAUCGAGAGCGGUGAAAAAGUAACUCAUAACAACUGGAAGCAGCUUCCCAACUAUCUACCCCUUUAUGGAAUAAGGGAAAUUGAAGGCUUGGUCUUCGACAUCGGAAAAGGCAAGCACUGCCCCAUAACAGGUAUCCAAUUCUUUAGAGCUGCAAAUACAACGCGGUUUAUUGUACUAGUGACCACCGUAAAUCGUCUGUAUCGGUUCCAUGAGGCUCUCAAACCGGACGAGAAACCAGUAUUGCAGAAUAUAUUCAGCGCGUAUCUGAAUAUUCCGGAGCAUACCCAAGACUAUCAAGAGAUCGUUCAUGAUAUCAAAUUUUCAAAGCUACAUUUCAAUCUUGAUAUGAACACAAAGUUCCCAAAUCAUUUCGGUUGGAUGACUGGCGUUGGCAUUUACUUUGGGGACAUUGAUCAAAAGGCGGAAGGCCCUGGUUUCAUUCUUAACGCUGAGAAUAUUUCCUUUCCCUCCAAUAUGAAUACUUCAUACGACGAACAUACUCCUCAGAAAAAAUCCGAAACUCCUAAAACAUUUAUUCUGACAAAUUUCCAUGCGAUACUACUCUAUUCAGAUCAUGUAACCGCUAUAUCAUUGCUAAACCAACAAAUUAUUUAUGAAGAGUAUUUCUCGGAGCAGUAUGGAAAGUUGGUUGAUAUAAUCAAAGACUGCUUGAGCGGUUCCAUUUAUGUAUACAGUUCCAAAGCGAUAUUUCGUUACAAAGUUACCAACGAACAAAGGAACGUUUGGCAAAUGUAUCUAGACCGCGGUGAUUUCAGUUUGGCUGAGAAGUACAGUAAAGACAAUCCGGCGCACUAUGACCAUGUGCUGAGACAAAAGGCUGAAAAAUAUUUCGAUGAGGAAAAUUACAUCCAAAGUGCUCUGAUGUACUCUGAGACCCAAGCAAGUUUCGAACGAGUUUGUCUAAAAUUCUUGGAAAUUGAUGAUAAAAGCGCUUUGAUGGCUUACCUUAAAAACCGCCUGGAAAAACUAACUGAGCAGGAUCAAACACAGAUUACAAUGCUGGUCGUGUGGAUGGUUGAAUUGUAUCUCACGGAAAAGGCACGCUACUCGGACGACCCCCAGAAAGUGCGCAAUCUACAAAAGAAUUUCGAUAGCUUCAUGAAUUUACCGAGAGUGGCAAGUUGCGUCCGUAAAAACAGAACAGUGAUCUACGACUUGAUGGCAUCACAUGGUGACACCCAUAAUUUAACCAUGCUCACGAAAGUCAAUGAAGAUUACGAGUCGGUUAUUAAUCAAUAUAUAAAUCAGAACAACUUCUCGGGGGCGUUAUCGAUCCUAGUGAGUCAAAACAAGCCAGAGUUAUAUUACAAAUACUGUCCAAUUCUCAUGGAAGAAAUCCCGCGGGAUACAAUAAAGGCAAUCAUGAACCCUGAAAGAGGCUUGGACCCACUGAAAUUGAUUCCUACAUUAAUUUGUACGGAUAACGAUGAGCAUGUGCAAGAAGUGAUAAAGUUUUUGGAGUAUGCUGUCCACUCGCGAGGCAUCACAGACACCGCCCUCCACAAUUUCUUGAUUAAACUCUAUGCCAAGCACAAGCAAGAAGAAUUGGAGACAUAUUUAGAGACGCAAGGACGUGAUAUUACUUUGGUCCACUAUGAUGUGUACUAUGCACUCAGAGUGUGUGAGGAACACUCGGCCAAAGCUGCUUGCGUAUUUCUCCAAUGUCUGCUGGAGCUAUGGCAUCCGGCGGUUGAAUUGGCUCUGACUUUCAGCUCUGCCCUAGCACAAGAAACUGCAUCACAACCCACGAAUCGAGAGUUACGAAGGAAAUUGUGGCUUAGAAUUGCUGAGCAUGAGAUCAAAGGGAAAAACGACGUGAAGAAAGCUCUAGAUCUAUUGAAAGAGUGCGACCUUUUGCGCAUUGAAGAUUUACUACCAUUUUUCUCAGACUUUCAAAAGAUUGACGACUUCAAAGAAGCCAUCUGUGAUGCGUUGAAGGAAUACAACGAAAAAAUCCAAGACCAACAGCGUGAUAUGGACGAGUCUGCCAAAGCAGCUGAACGUGUUCGGGCCGAGCUUCAAACAUUUCGUAAUCGUUCCGUUACAAUUAGUGCCCAAGAACCAUGUUCGAUAUGCGAGAUCUAUUUGCUGUUGAAACCGUUCUUUAUCUUUCCCUGUGGCCAUAAAUUCCACAGUGAUUGCCUUGAGAAGCAAAUCAUCCCGUAUUUGACUCCUGAACAGAAUAGGAAACUGAUUAGCCUUAAACAGCAAUUGGAAAAUAUGGUCCCGCAGAAUGCAAACGAUCAGCAACAACAGAACGCCUACGGAAUCUCGUCCCGAGAACAAAUAAAAGUUGAUAUAGAAAACAUCAUUGCCCCGGAUUGCCUUUACUGCGGGAUAAUGAUUGAUUCGAUUGAUCAACCGUUUAUUGAAGACUGGGAUCAAGUGAAUAUCGAUUGGCAAUAAAGUGUUGGAUGAAUUAUAUUAUUGUGAACAAAAGUUAUUAUAAUUAUAAUAAAUUCAUUAUUUUAAAUCUCAAA